AAAUAGAAAGGGGGUUCUUAGAAGGAGUAAAAGGGUGAAUUUCAAUGGUGUUAUGUUCAUAGAUUAGCACAAUGGUAGAAUCUGUGAAUCUUACAAACCGCUGAUGCUAUAAGACGUAAAAUCAUAUGUUCGAUAUUACUGGAAUGUAUAGACUAGCCAAGGCUAAUAGCAAAAUUGUGUCCAAAAUUUACUUUAUCCCAUGCCCAACAUAUUUUUUUUCUCAACCAAAUUAUUGCUUCUAUUUGGAGUUAAUUACCAUCUUUUAGGCUUUAUGAACCAUAUUGCUUUUACUGCAAUCAUGGGAUUUUGACUGAGUACUGCAUGUAUAAUGUCCUCUAGAUAUCACAUUCAUGGGAUUGACUGAAUACUUUGUAACAAAAUAAGUUUUAUGGGAAAAUAUGCUUGUGAUUCUUCAGGUUAUCUAGAUCAUUUUACAUCUGAUGACUUUGAUAUUACAGAAGUUUAUAUGGAGCAGACAGAACGUACAACUUUACCCAGCGUGAAAUGUGGUGAGGUGUCAAAAUCCGAAAAGCAUUUUCAUGGUGAGACUUCUAGUCCUGUUGGUUGUCCCACUGUUAGUUUAAACAUCCAAGCCUCUUUGUUACCUGAUCCUUCAACCACAGAGAAAUGUGUUGAAAAUUUCUGUAAGAGGAAGAAAACGAAGAAUACGAAAAAGAAACAGAAAAAAAAACGUGAGUCAGCUAAAAUGUUGUAUGAUGAGAUAGUUUCUGAGGCAGGACGUAGCGUAUGUACUACAGACGAUUUAAUGACAUCUUAUCAUUCAUCCAAGGCAGACGUGAAAAAUCCUGCUUUACAUUGUGAAGCUGGAAAGUGCAGAAAGAAUGGCUUUUCAUAUCCUGGCAUCACUUCUCCAUCUGUAUUGAAUGUGACAAGUGAUCAAAACUGUGAGAAACUUCCUAAGGCUUCGCAUGUUGGUUUCCCUGGUUGUAAUAGGACUUGUGUACCAGCUAAUUUUAAAAGCUGUAAUGGUGGCUGUGGAACUGAAAAUAUUUACAAGAAUUUGAAUACAAGCAAACGAGGGCCAAAUGAAGUAAGCACCAACAGCAUUUCUGAGAAGCUUCAGGGUAGUGAAUUUUCUAGACACGCAGAUUGCAGUAAAGUUGGAGAUUGCAGAUAUAAAAACACCAAAACCAGCAGGUGCUGUUACAUUGUCUACAAUGUUCAUGAUAAUUUUGCAUCUCAUUCUUGUGCAAUAAAAGAGAUUGUGCGUUGUUCUCAUAAUGUCAAGGGAAGUAGGCAUUUUGUCUGGCAAAAAAAGAAUGCUAGCUCGGCAGAAUUACGAGGAAAAAGUUAUAGUUAUCACUCUUUUUAUGGUCAUGGCUACUUACCUGGUCCAUUAGUUUGCUCUUCUGUAUCCACCGCUGCAGCUCAUGGCACUAAUAGAAUGAGACAAGUAGAGCCAUUUAUGUAUGGGCGAAGGUGGAGUAGAGUAUUGAAAGAACAACCGCAAUCGGCUGCUCAACAGGUGUUGAAUUGGGACCUUAAGAGACAUUUCUCAUCAACAUGUCAUUUAUGUGACUGGGAAAGUCGCUCUGGAAAAUCAAAAGCAGAUUUGACCAAUUCAUUUACGCAUGAAAAGUACGACAGAAAGAGAGAUACAGGUGCAAAGUUUUUCGAGCUCUAUGAUAAGGAUGCUAUAUCACAGAAGCAUUUGUCACAUAUACCUUUAAAAUUACCACAUUACAAGAGCAGAUAUACUGCAAGAAACUUUUAUGGGAGCCAGCAUAUUGAAGGUUUACCAAAUGGCUCUCAACUGUACAAUUUGAGGAAGAUUCCAAGCAGGGAACAUGUAUGCCAUAGGUCUUCGUGUGUUUCCCUGCAAAGUAAACCAUGCUCAGAAUUUGAAUUUCAUAGAAACAUUGAGUUUAGACAAAAUUUUACUUCUGGAGCAGCUAUAUGGAAAUGGAUUCCUGUUGUUAAGGGACAGAGAAAGCUGACAGAGAGGACUGGUUCUGCUGGUAUGUGCAAUGAAUUUAAGGAUAACUUUCUCGUUUUACAUGACAGGAUAAACGAUAGCCCUUUGGAAGGAAAUAAAAUUCCUAUUUCCUCAUGUACUGCGGUUUGUGAUCCUGAAAGCACAAGCUCAAUAUCCAGCCAGAAAACAAGCUUAGUUGAAAAUGCAAAUCAAAAUUUGUAUCAUGCUGAUGCUGCUAGAGGUCAUGAGGAUGAAUGUCAAUUUAAUAAGGCACCAGCUAGAAGACUAAAGGAUGCCCAUCAAAUCUCAAUUGGCUCACAAGCUGCAUGGGAAGCACUAAAUACUGCUUAUAAGGAAUUGGCAUCCACGGAUAUUCGGCUUUCAACGGAAUGUUCACUUGCACAGGUUGAAACACUUCUUCAUUCCGCUGCUCCCAUAAUUUCUUAUUCAACUGGGCAUAAAAGAUGUGACAUUUGCUCGUGUAACAGUUUUCUUUGUGAGUACCACAUACCGAAUUUACCACUCCGUGCUGUUUGGAACUGGUAUGAGAAACCAGGAAAAUAUGGAUUGGCUAUCAAAGUGGAGAACUCUACAAACCUAAAUGCUAUUCAAACUGAUUCAAUUUCGUUUCAUUUUGUUCCAUACCUUUCUGCCGUUCAGUUGUUUGGGUACCCUGAGCUCUCCAAGCGCUGUGUUAGAAAGAAAGAAGUAAUCGAUGGUGACAUUUAUGAUGGAGGAGAAGGAAUUGGACCGGACAACUCAUGUUCCAGAAUGUUGCCCAGACAUACCUCAGAAGCAAUGGUUGAGCUGAAUCAUUGUGAGGCAGGAGAUAAAAAUUUUGCUAUGAACUUUGAAUUGGUCAAGGAGCCUUUUAUUGCAUCUAAUAUUGUCGCUGUCAAUGGAAGUGAAGUUCUGGAUUCUUGUUUACUGGCCUCCCCCACUGAUAGCAAGCUAAUAUUUGAGUUUUUUGAAUCUGAGCUGCCGCAACAUCGAAAGCCUUUUUAUGAUAAAAUUCUGGAGCUAAUUGACGUCAAAACUUCCAACUGUGGUGAGUACCAGAUUUGCUAUGGAGACCCAUCAAAACUAGAUUGUAUGAAUCUGCAAGAAUUGCAUCCUGCAUCAUGGUUUUCAGUGGCCUGGUACCCUAUAUACCGAAUUCCUGAAGGGAAGUUCCACGCAUCAUUUCUUACUUACCAUUCAUUAGGACAUUUGGUUCAGAGACACAUUUUAGGUGAUUCUCAAGAAAAGGAUAUAUUUUGCAUUGUCUCCCCUGUGUUGGGAUUGGAAAGCUACAAUACUCAGGGUGAAUGCUGGUUUGAUCCUAAAAUAUCCUCUGAUAUAUUCAAUGGUUCUGCAAUUCUCAAAGAAAGGCUUGAAACACUCAAAGCAAAUGCAUUACUCUUCGCCAGAGGUCUUGUUUGGAAAGAUAACGUCAUGGAAUACAAUAAGCAGCCAGAUUAUGAGUUCUUUAUAUCUAGAAAAGCCAAUGUGGAUUAGUCCUGCAUUUUGAUUUUCUGACAAAACCAUUAUUAAUAGACUUAUUCGAGUUACCUACAUGAAGAAAGAAAAUUUCAGAUUCCAUCCACUGUAUCUUAGUAUUCAACAGCAUUAGGAAAUAUGUAGUGAGGCUGCCCAGAGAGAGUACAGAAAUAGAACUACACAAGUUCUUAAUUUGUGUUCUGACUAUAUUGGUAUAAUUGUGUUGUUGCAUUUGUUAUUUUCAAAUACCAUUUUCUCAUGCUUUACGAGUGGUUUGCUUUGCCUUUAUGAAGAAAACAGUUUGUGAUUUGUGAAGAACUUUCAGCCUAAUAUGUUGUCUUGCCUUUCUCGGAGCCCCACAGGUUCUGUUUGUUUAAAGAGAAAAAAAAGGUCCUAAAACGGGAAAAAAUACACAUUUCAAUCGUUACAUCUCGAGAAUCCAGCCUAGUUUAAAAUUUUGAGGCCUAAAUGUUUAGCUAUUUUCCAAUUCUGUUUUCUGUUUGUGUUUUCCCUAUUUUCUAUUGUGAGGAAGAUUCUAUCUUUCUUACAGCGUGGCAUGUCACAUGUGUUACAUAAAUGUGGAUGAACAUUUCUAGAAGCACUUGGUCACAGUUUAAAAAUGAAGCCAGUGAUGGGAAAUUUGACUUUUAGCCUUGCCUAACAAAGAGGGAGUUUGAAAACUCCCAUUAAGGCAGGGUGGGGCUUUGAUUCACUGACAAAGGAGAGCAAUGAUUGGCCUCCAAAAUUGGUGUCUCAUUUUGCCGUACGUCUCAAUUAAUCAAAACCAAGUUGCUUAACAUUAUUAAAAACAUAAAACAAAAACAGCUGUAUGCAAAGUGCUACAACUACUAUCAACAAUAAUAUCACAGAUUGGAUGCUAGCUGCUGAUGAAUAUAUGAAAACUUUAUCAAUAAUAAUAUCAUAUAUGAAAACUAUAUAUGAAAACUUUAAGCUAUGUAUGAAAUCUUUUCGGUGAUUUCAAGAUUGCUGGCCUGAAAGAAAUAUGAAAAAUGUAAAGGAUUAUCUAAUUUGAUUCA